AUGGCCACCCCGCAACUAGGUUCUGCCACCUCUCCACCCCUGUCCCCAGUCCUCCCGAUCCCACCUGCUGAGAGCGGAUUAGGCCCCGACAAUCACGAUGUUUCGAUGGUCGAAGCCUCAGCUGAAGAAUCAGGGGCCGCAGAUCCUCAAGGGAGCACGGAGAAUUGCAGCUUUUCUGGCGACGACGGACAUACAACACCCAAACUCCCAUCAGCCGAAGUCAGUGACCCAGUCGGCAGCAAGACGUCUAGACUCGACGAAAUUCGGGUUCAGAUGAAAACUGCCCUGAGCGAACUCUGA